AGAAACUCCACACGCUGCGCGGAGGGAUCGCCCGUCUUUCUUCGGAAAACCGCAUGGUCGCUUGCCGCAUUGGUAUGUUUGGACGCCGUUGCUUCUUUGGGAACCUCUAUGUGAUAACAUGUUAUUCACCGAAGCUCCAGCUCUUCAACUUGUUUGUCUUGUAUAGUAGGAGAUAUGCUUUGUCAGCACUGGAGACCGUGGGGAAGAGCUGCUCUGGAUCUCCACCAUGUUGGAGGAACGACCAUGGAACGGUCGUGGAUGUGGCAGACACAGCAUCCUCACAAGGUACACUCAAACGAGCAAUGAGCAUAGCAAACGGGUGCCACCCCCCCUUCGACCCGUUGUGACCGACGGAAGAGAAGGUGAAGCAUAUGGCAUCGUGAAACGAGCGAACUCAAGAGGGGAACCCCAACUCGUUUUUCUUUGAUGUCCUGCUCUUAUUGAAGCAAUGGAUCGUAAUAUAUCAUGAUUCAGUGAACCGUUCUAACAUGUUCUAACUAUCUUUACCGAAAAGGACCAUCGAUUCUUCCUCAUCACCAGCUAGGACUUGGGCAGUUCCCCUUCUAUAGAGGACACUGGUACUGAAUCUUCAGCCUCAAUUGAACGAACUCAGACACAUAUUAGUUAAAUAACAGUGAUUUGCUGAAAGGAGCUCGGACUGAAAUGUCCGAAUGCCAUCUUGAACACGUGUAUCCUCAGCUUUGACUCAGCUAGGUGCUCGUCCGGUUCAGUUCUCCUCCUCUUGCCAUGCCGAAGAAAGAAGUGAACGAUGAAACGGUGGACGAAGUGAAAAGCACUCUUCAGAUGAGCGAGCUGCCCCUUCCCCAUGAGGAGUGCACCGCUCACAAGGCUGAUGGUUCAGUGCCAGAAGGCCUGGUCAUUUCGCGUACAUUCUUGGAAGUUCGCGAAGCUCCUCUGUCCGACUCGCCUUCUGCCAAGUCAGCUCCAGAGCCGACUUCCACCCCACUGGAUCGAAAGCUGGAGAAGAGGAUGGCGAAGGACCUUCACUUGUACACGCGCCGCGAGUUCAUACAGUACUAUGUUGGACGAUAUGUGCGGCGUGGCUGGCGGCUGACCGAAGCCUUGUGGCGGGCUGCGCAGGAAUGGGACCAAGCCAAGAAGGUGUGCAGCUAUUGCGGCACGUGGAAGAAAUUCAAUGGAGAGUUGCACACCUUUCCCUCCCUUCUGGCAGCAUUGCAGGGUUCCUGGCUCAGAGCCACCACUUUGUGGCCUGACCUCCGCCCUGCGAAGCUUCCCGCUUCUGAACGUUGGAAGAGACGGGCCUGGGAGUCUGUACCCGGCCAGUGCAUCCACCAUGGGCCCGGGUGCACUCAUUGGGUCCAUGGAUGUUGCAGUCGGCAUGGCUGCGCAUUUGACCACGAGGUCGAUUUUAUUUGGAGCUGGCAACAGGUCCAGUUGGGGCCCUUUUUCUAUUGGGGGCCCGUAAGGGUCAACCUUUCAACACGCCAGGUUUUUUGAACAUUAUUGGAGAUCAGAAUCAGAACCAAUGAUCAAUUGAAGUGCUGCUUCUUGGAACAGGACACCCAAAGGCAACCUGUCAUCAUCUUGCAUGUUGCAACUUCUAAUCAGUCUCCAGUCUCCAACAAAAACACGGAGAGAAACCUGAGAAAUGAGUGGUUGUCGCCAGUGGCCGUGGCCGUGGCGGGCGGCACCAUGAAUUUGCAAGUUGAAGUUCCUUGCACUGCAUGCGCCGAGGUGACAAGGGCCCACAAGCUGGUCACGUCACUGCAACGUUGUUUUGUUUGUGCUGCCGUUUGUUCGGCGGCGCUGUGGUAACUCGAGCUGGUGCACCACAUCGUUUGGAAUGCAGUGGCUUCUCCAGGGUUGUGAACC